AUGCACGCGGUUGGAUUGCAUUCGGCGCUGGCCAUCAAGCGUCAGAGAAAGCGCCGGGACGAGCAGCGUCGUGCCCGCGAGCGUCGUUAUAGCGCGCAAUCGGGCGAGAGCGGCCUGACGUCGCCCAGGGCUUCGACCGGUUCCUUGGACCAUCAACCGAGGCACCAUAAAUCCGGACAUACGAAUCGCUCGGCCGGCCAGGGUAUGUUGGACUCUAAGGUGAUCACGUCGGUGGGAUUGCUUCACAUCGGCGUGGUGUUCCUGGUGUUCGGUGCUUUUCUUCUGAUGAGCGGCCUGUUGCCCGGGGACCUGGUCCAGUGGGGCUCCAAGCGCUCUGGCAGCUGGUGGAACGAGCUGGUGGCUGUAGGUCUCUUCGUCGUCUUCAUCGGGAUGUUCUUGAUCAUCCUGAACAAGGUAAUCGCUAAGAAGGAGGAAAACGAGCUGGAGGAGUACGUGCAACGGCAGUUGACCAGGUCCAGGUCGGGACAUAGACUGGAGAGGGACCCCGAAACCGGAGGACUGACCACGAAGCAUGCGAGAAGAGCGAGACAGAUGCAGCAGGCUGCUUCCACCGGAUCCAUAGAGACGCAGAACGAGAAAGACUCCGGGUCUCCGCCUAGAAGUCCUCCACCUGCUUACUCACCGCCUCCGACAAUGAACGGGGAUAACCAGGCUGUCCAAUCCGCCUUGUACCUCGAACAGAUCACCGAAGAGGAGAUUAUCAGCGACCGCGUGGAAACCUCCACCACCAACAGUCUGAGCCCUGGCUCGCCAAGCGAGACCAGGGAACUAUUGCAGAAUCCACGCUAUUCGAAGCAGAACGGUAACCCUCAGCAGGUUCAUCGGCCGCUUUACGUGUCCAGGAUCUAGAUAACGGGCGAAACUUCGGAGCCUCUUCUGGCUGAAGUUGAAACGAUCGCGAGGAUCUCUUAUAUCGGGAACAAACUCGGGUAGGCGGUUUCUACGACGGCGGCGAUGACGACCAU